AUGGAGUGUGUUCCCCCGGAAAAAAUUGACAAGACAACAUAUGCUAAACUAUGUGAUAUUGAUGGUGUUAAACCAUUGCUUACAAAUCCUUUAUCAGAUAAUUGUAAAAGAACUGAAUCGAAUAGUGGCAAUAAUAAUAAUAAACCACAUCAUUUAUUCAGUGUGGCUGCUCUAACCGAUGAAGUUAUGCACCACUCACCUCAUUCAACAUCAGAUGAUUAUAAGCCUCAGUUAACUAAUAUAAAAUCACCAAAACCUAGUCCAACUAACAGCAAUAAUAAGAAACGAAUGCAUAGACGAUCCGAACAAUACGAUGCUCCAUCAUCUGCUUAUGAUAAUUAUGAUAAAUCAUCAUCUGUUACACAUUCCCAGCAUGAAUACGCUACAUAUACAGACCGGUGUACUAUUACUACAGAUAACAGAAAUAAUGAAACGCCUAAAAGUGGAAUGAUGAUGAAUUUAACCAGUCGUAAUAAUAAUAACAUUGAUCGAAUAUAUGAUAAUAUGUCAAAAUAUUCUUCACUACCACUGUCCUCCUCAUGCUCCGCCGCCGCCACUUCCUCUUCCUCCUCCCCAUCCUUGUCAUCUGGUCAUCAUGUGGUAUCAUCAAAUCAAAAUCUCAACAUGAACAAGAUGAUGUCAUCUGGACAGCGUAAUUCUUGCAUCGAUGUUUCAUCGUCAGUAAUUCAUGCAUAUAAAGCGUCGAGAGCAGGUAGUCGGGAAGGCAUGUUAAAUUCCAUGCAUCAUAAUUCACAAUUCAAUCAAUUUAAACCAAUGUCGUCGUCAGUAUUACAGUCAACACCAACAAAACCAUCAUCAUCAUCAGUAUCCUCGACAUCGUCAUUGUCGUCAAAUAUCAACUCAAAUCCGUCACUACUUCCACAUCAAAAUUUAUUAAAACAAUUCAUGGGUAUUGACUCACAAACAGCUAAUCAAUUGUUUAAUGACCCGCGUUUUAUGGAAUUGUAUGCAUUAACUAUGGCUACAUUAAAUGGCAGCAGCGGUGGUGGUCGUGGUGUUGAUGGUAAGGAGCCUUUGUCAUCAUCGCAUCGAAUCCCAUUGAUGAAUCAUGAAAAUACAGCUUCAAAUCCAAUUAGUAAUAUUAGUCAAAAUAAUAAUCAUAAUAAUAACAGUAAUGCAAGCAAUCAAAUUAGAAAUGGAUGUAUGAAUGAGUAUUCGCGUAGUGAUCCAUCAUCACUUUUCACGGAAACAAUGUAA